AUGGAAUUUCCUAAAUUUCUAAGAAUUGCCGUUCUACCAUUGCGUCAUAUAAUCGAACUAAAUAACACUGAUGCAGAAAAUCCAAAGUUGUCUGGAGGAUUGGAAGCUGCUAUUAUUGAACUUCUAUCGAAGUUGUUAGGGUUUGAAUACAAACUAUUUCCUGCUAAGGAUAAAGAAUGGGGUCGACUAACUGAUAAUGGAACCUGGACAGGAGUGGUGGGCAUGGUCUCUCGAAAUGAAAGUGACAUUGGUUUCGGAUAUAUGACUGUUACCACAAACAGAUCAGAAGCAGUCGACUUCAUCCCUUAUAGUAUUGAGGAAAACACAUUUGCUAUCCAAAAACCUCCCAUGGUUUCAACUGCUGAAUCAUUGAUUCAUCCGUUUCAAUGGGAAAUAUGGUUAUCUUGUUUACUUAUUUUGAUAACAAUGCCCAUUGUAUUUCGAAUUUUAAUGAGAAAAACCAUUUCACUUCAAAAAUUGGCUUUUAGAAUGAUGGGUUGCAACGUGCAACAGGCUGUUACCAUUCCUGUUGAUCACACCAGAGAUAGAUUUCUUAUGGGCAGCUGGUUUGCUUAUUCUACAUUUCUGUCUAUUAGCUACACAACAGUGUUACUUUCAUCCUUAACUGUUCCUCUGAGGGAGCAAGGUGUUCGAACUGUAAAGCAAUUGGCCACUGCAAUCUCAGAAAGAAGAUUCAGAUGUCAAGCGAAUCGUGGAAAUGUUGGAGUAUCCCUCUUGAAAGGUAGUGUAAAUGAAGAUCUACGCUUGAUAGGAAAUAGCGUAAUUGAAAAAGAUUGGAUUACCAAAGACAAAACUGUAAAGUUACCUAAAAACAUUGAGAAGUUUGUUGCAUUACUCGGCCCGAGAUAUUAUUUUCAUCUCGAAUAUGGCGAAGAACCAUUUACAGAAAACUACUUUUUUGAAGAAACCAUUUCAUCCUGGAAUGUAGGUGUAGCCGUGAACAAAAAUUUCUGCUGCAAAGAGAAGUUAGCUAAACUCCUGAGAAGAUUCAUGGAAAAUGGAAUAUUUACUAAAUUGUACCAUAGAGCUUUGUUCGAAACCCGCCUAAGUUUAAUGUCUGAAGAAAACCUACCGUCUUCUUUAAUUGUUUUGACUUUGAACGAUUUGAUAGGUGUAUUUGCUUUGUUAGGAUUUGGAAUUUUACUGGCUUUUAUUGCAUUACUUUUUGAAAGAGUAAGCAGGACCUAA